UGAUGAUUAUUUUCAUCUCAAUAGCAUAAUUCAUAAUUUUCCACUUGCAAAUAAUCGCGUUUUCUGGGUUGUAUAUUCCAAACGUACUUUUCACUCAAAAGAAUAAUCCAAACGCAAACGCAGUCUGCAAGUGCAAAGUCAUAAUCGAUCCUCAUCCUCUUCCCAUUCCAAUUCCAACAAAACACCGUUUCUCCGUUUUCAUCCCCCGUUAGUUACAACGACGUGUCAUUCCCUCGUUUAAUCACAUAACGGCGCCGUCAAAUUCCCCGUUUUGAGAUUCCCCCGUCACUAUUAACGGAGACUGGACCACACAUACCACUACGAAAAAGCAAUCAUCCAAUCCUAGCCGUUCAAUUUCUUAUCAUCACAUAUUUUCGUCGUCUCCGUACUCCACGCUCGUUAUCAACACUCUCUCUCUCAUACCAAACUUUCACUCUUUCUUUCUCUCUCUCUACAAAGCCAGAAAAAUCGCAGAAAAAGCACUAUAACACCUGAAAAGCCAGAGUGAGGUGUGAAUAGAAAUUCGUAUCACAGUUUCAGACUCCCGUACUUCGCAGAAUUUCAUCAAUGGAGAUUUCUUCUCAGGUAAUAGGUGUCAGGACUCGCGCUCAAGCUGCAUUAGCCAUGGAAGAAGCUACAACUUCAUCUCCAAAAACUUCAAAGAGAAGAAAAAUCAACAACCGUAAAUUCUCAACGCCGACAAUUCUUCCGCAGCCGGAAAAGGAGGAAAAAUCCUCCGGUGAUAUCUCCGAAGAAGAAUUUCCAGCUUCCUGUUGUUCAAGCAAUGGAUCCGUUCAACUCGAUGAAGAAAGGAUCAAAUCGUUAGAUCUAGAGGUGGAGAGCGCGCAAGUUGAAACGUCGACGUGCAAUUACAGUGAAGAAGAAUUUCAGAGGAGAGAGAUGAGUCGUUCUCGUUCAAACGAGUUUGAGUCGAUGGAAACAAAUUCUAACCGUCCGAUUUCAUCUCCAAAAAAUAUGCCAACGGGAUUUGAGCUUGAAGAAUUUUUCUCUGCUGCUGAGAAAAACAUUCAGAAAAAGUUUCAAGAAAAGUAUAAUUAUGAUAUUGUGAAGGAUGUUCCGUUGGAAGGACGCUACGAGUGGGUUCAGUUGAAGCCAUGAACGUUAACAAUAACAUUAUGAUGUAGCAUCUGUUCGAAAAGUUCGAACUUUCCACUUUGCUGACAUUUUAGUUUAGGUAUUUGAAUUUGAAUUUAAUCUAUGUUUAAUGUCAGUUUGAGAUUACUCUUUAAUUAUUUAGUGUAUAGAUUUAAUAAUAUUUGGGUUAAUUAUGGAAGAAAAAGAAAUUAAGGUAGUUUCGUUGGUUGGUUCUUUGAAUGGGUUUUUACGAAGCUUAAUUGUGCAGAAUUUCUGUAAAUUCACUCAAUGAAGAACAAAACGAUGAUUUCAUGAUUCAUAUA